AUGCACAGUCUGGGUCCUUCCAAGCAACAGACCUAUUGGUCUCGUAGACCAGAAGCAACUUUUAGAAUGGAUGUCUAUGAAGAUAAGCCCCCGCUGUCGUCGUCCUCAUCGUCGUUGCUGCCACAUGCCCCACUCUUCUCUCACCCGACUGUCCGUCCCAACGUGCCACAAACAGCGCAUGUGUUCAGACAGACAGCCUAUUCCUCCGUUGGCUGUGAGAAAGAAUCCAUUCAGAUCCAAGAUCCAGAUUGGGUUCCAUCUUCAAAAAGACUGGAUAAUGGUGAUGUUUGUGUAGACUACAAAGGAACAAGUUAUCGGUCUAUUGUCCACUUGCCAUACUACAGCCAGCUCCACCCUCGUGAGGUCUUGCUAGUCUCUUCACUGUGCAUGAACCCCAAACAAUACCUCAGCUCAAAAAAGGAUAUCAUCAUGGCUGCUGCUGAAUCAUACAAGGAGCGCCUUCCAUUCAGGGUCAACCAAGUCCAGACACUGUGUCACCUUGAUGAUGCCAAGGCCAGUUUUCUUUAUCAUGUCUUUUGGAACUUGGGCUGGCUCGAACCUAAAGACAAGUCUAGAGUAGAGCCAACGAAAUAA